UUCAGUCUGUAACCUACCUACAAGAGCCAUGCGAUAAUUCACACAAAACAAAUAAGUACUCCACUGGAGCGUUUCUAUAGUUAAAAGAACAGAUUAUACUUUUUUUCAAAUGAAGUUGCAAAACUGUACGAAUUAGUUGUUUUAAGUGUGGCAAUAUCAGAAUGGAGGAGUGAAUCACGUAACCCCGUUGAUCGCAUGUGAAAACAGAUGGUAAGUCAUCCUGUCGACAAGCAGAUUCAGCGCAGCCAUGGACGUAAAGCCAAAGGCCGAGCCCCUCGCAGACGAUUGUAUAGUGGCGCUCUCGGGCGCCUACUGUCCUGACGGUAUGGAUCCACAGAGCGACCAAGCUGCGGGUCCGACCCCGAUCAUGCUGUUCUUCACCUCCAAAGAGAACAGCAAAGUCCCCCUAGCAGCAAUGACCAACAGCUCCAGUGGUUCCCAGGAUGUCCUUCCGGGUGCUGCCGGAGUGAGAGGCCAAGGCGAAGCGGUGUCCAGCUCGUCUGAAUUUACCCAUGAUGCCAUCAUGCUGCUGAUUGAGGCUAUGGCGGCCCGCUGGGACCUGUAUGGUCAGCGGGAGCGCUCACGGCUCUUCCAGAGUGUCCAGCAGGAGCUGGACAGUCACGGCUACCCGCUGCCUGUCGAGAGGAUACGUCGCAAAUGGAACAACCUCAUCGUCACCUACAAGCGUGUGAAGGAGCGCUGCAGGGGACGUGGACAGGCCAGGACCUCAUGGGAGUACUACGAGGUGAUGGAUGCUGUGUUGGGGAAGACAGAGAUCGCUCAGGGCAGCUCAGCCUCUGCCACGCUGCUGGGCUUAGCCACGACGGCCCAGGCGGCAGCGCUGUGUGAGGAUCGCCCACCUGUGGGCAUCUCCGCCGCCAUGCCCUCCAGCCUCUUCCCUAGCAACCUAAUCGCCACAGCAACUCAGGUGCCUACCUUGACCCCGCAGAGGGUUACUCCCCCUAUGACGCCACCCAGCCUCGCCCCGGUCCCGCCUCUACACCCUUCUCCUCAAAACGCCCCACUGAGUUGUUCUGAUAAUUCUCUAACCGUGUCGUCGGCGCCACCACCACGACCCAAAAUGACCUUCGCGGCCUCAUCCCGCCGAAAGUCUCGCGGCGCCCCUGCAGUGGGCAUGCCCACGUUUGUGAGCCAGCCUCAGGGGGGGCAAGCGGAGCGGCGUGGUGCCAUGCUGCGAGGGGGUUACCUGAGCGCCCAGGAGCAGCGUGCCCUUCUGGAAGAGCAGCGCCACUGCAGGCAGGAGGCGCGGGAGCGGCGCAGGGAGCGGACCACCAACCGCGUGGCGGAGUCAGUGGGCAGGAUGGCCACGGCACUGGAGCUCAUCUCCUCCAAACAGGACACUAUCAUCGCGCUGCUGCAGAGGCUCGCCGACAAACACUGAGUUUGGACAGUCCAGCAGACAAACUAAUAACCCAUCUACACAUCAAUAAAUCCAUGUGUAAAACACUACAUUAAAGAUUAAAGGUAAUAGGUUAAGGUUAUUAAGGCAUUAGGUUAAGACAAGAAGUAGUCCUACUAAGUGGGAUUCACAAACAUUGGAGGAAGCUUAGGAAAGUAGGCUAUAGCAAAGUCCUUUUAGGCAAGUCCCUCCACUCGGCGGCCAUAUACCAACGUUUUAUGGGCACUCAUCGGCACAGUCUUUGGGUCGAACCGCGAUGCCAAGGC